AUGGCUUUUGCUUGGUGCGUACGCAGGUCAGCAUCUAAGUUGGCUUCCGCAUGUGGUCAAGCCCGGUCUAUCUCCGCCGUUGUGAACCGUCCGUCUCUUGCUCUCAACCCGUCUCCGCUGAGUCCUUUCGUCUCUCGUGGCUUUCUUUACACGAUGGCUGUUGAUAAGCUGAGCUCUGAGCAAACCCUUCACCUUGUGAUUGACUCCGAGCUCAAUUCUGCUUUGCAAACCGAUGAUCCCAAUUUGAAUGAAGAGAUGGCUCCAGGAAGCUUCCCUUUGAAAAUUAGAGACAAGCCUGGAGAUCAGAGUGUAACAUUGACAGCAUAUUACAAUGACGAACGUAUUCAUGUUGAUGUAGGAAUGCCUUAUCUUGGUGAUGAUGUCAUUGAUGUGUUUGGUCCUAAUAAUGAUGAACUAAGUUUUCCACUAGUUGUGACUGUUAUCAAGAAGAACGGAGUCAGCAUAGAGUUUACCUGCCAGGCUUAUGCUGAUUAUAUUGACUUAACAGAUUUAACUGUGCAUGAUUAUCAGUAUCAAAUGGGAGAAACUGACUGGCCUCGUUUCAAAAACUUGGACGAUAAUCUGAAGAAGGCGUUCCACAGGUAUCUGGCGACCAGACUUGACGCAAACAUAACGAAACUCUUGCAUAAGUACAUGGUGAGCAAAAUAAAGAGAGAGUACUUGCUAUGGUUGAAGAAUGUUAACAAGUUUGUGGAUGGAUGA